CUUUUGCUUUUUGAUUUUUGUUUUUAUUGAUCUCUACAAGAGUAAAUAACAGUCAAUUCUUAUCGCAAGUAUCUGUGUCUACAGAAUGUACAAAUAUCUCCCGCACAGUCUGACUGCUCGGGCCAUCUUCGAUCAGUCAGUCUCUAAAGCUCAGUUGAAGCAGCCAAACGCGUUUUUUUCGAUCGCUUUACCAGCGACAGACACAACAGGUAACCAAGUAAACAAUGCAGUUAAAAGCCAAACAAACGCUGCUCUUGGCCAUUGUUACUUGGCAUAUCUUUGUCGUCCAGACGCGUUUGGCCGACGAUCGCGUUGUUUUCCCCAAUGACAACGACGAAUCAACAACCUACACCUACACCUUCAGUAUCAGCACCAACAGUAGCAACAUCAGCAGCACCACGGAGCUGCCCUUGGGCAACAGCACCUCCGUUGGCAAUACUACUUUAGCCAUCAAUAGCACUUUAGCUGGCAACUGCUCCAGUCUGGACGAGCUGCAGCCGACAACGGAGCUACCCACAGUGGACAAUCGCAUACUGGUGGACAGCCUGCCUGUGUGUCCGCCAGGCCAAAGUCUGCGAGCGGGCCGAUGUCGCAAAUCAGCUUAAAAUAUAAAUGUGUUU